GGCCGGGGGCUCCUCUCGCUGUUACAAAGUAUUGAAGUGGAGGGGAAUGUAUCGGCCAGGCUCUGGGAGCGCUGAGCUGGAGUGAGGAGCUUGAGAGAGAGGGAGAGAAAAAAAACACAACCACGAAAACAAUCUGCAGAAGUCCGACUCGAACAUUAUGAAUGCAGCGCCCUUAGUGCUUUUGCUGUUGUUGUAUGAAACUUGUGGCAGUGCCGCUGUGGAAUUCUCCUCGGGAGGCUGCACUUUCGAUGAUGGCCUAGAACCAUGUGGAUAUUGGCAAGAUCAGGAAGAUGACUUUGAUUGGAGGCAUGUCAGAACUGAAGAUAUGUUGCAUUUGCAGCAUAAUGUGCCACCAGGAUCCUUCUUGAUGGCUGAGUCUUCUCAGCAUAUGCCAGGAGAUAAAGCACGACUCUUGCUUCCAUUAAUGAAAGAAAAUGAUACCCACUGCAUAGAUUUCAGUUACUGGUUAUACAGCAAAGAUUACUUGAACCCAGGAACACUGAACAUUUUUGUCCGAGUGAACAAGGGAGCCUUUGCAAAUCCUAUUUGGAAUGUGACGGGAUCUCAGGGAGCCGAAUGGCAUCGGGCCGAGCUGGCAGUGAGCACCUUCUGGCCAAAUGAGUAUCAGGUGAUUUUUGAAGCAGAUGUAUCUCUUGAGCAAGCUGGAUAUAUUGCCAUUGAUGACAUUCAGGUUUUGAGUUACCCAUGUGAUAAAUCACCACACUUUCUGCGACUCGGAGAUGUGGAAGUAAAUGCAGGACAAAAUGCUACAUUUCAGUGCAUUGCAACAGGCAGGGAUACUGCGAAUAACAAACUAUGGCUUCAGAGGCAGAAUGGGGAAGACAUACCAGUAACCCAGACAAAGAAUAUUAAUCACAGGCGGUUUGCAGCAUCCUUCAAAUUGAAAGAAGUGCAAAGGAAUGAUCAAGAUUUGUACCGUUGUGUGACACAGUCUGAAAGAGGCUCUGGUGUAUCGAAUUUUGCCAAGCUUAUUGUUCGAGAACCACCUAUGCCAAUUGCACCACCUCAGUUACUUGGUGUUGGUCCGACAUAUUUGCUGAUCCAACUCAAUGCAAAUUCAAUUAUUGGCGAUGGUCCGAUUAUUCUGAAAGAAGUGGAGUAUGGUAUGACCAGUGGAUCUUGGACAGAAAUCCAUGCUGUAAAUGCAGCAACCUACAAGCUGUGGCAUUUGGAUCCAGAUACGGAGUAUGAAAUCAGAGUUUUGCUGACCAGGCCUGGUGAAGGAGGAACAGGGUUACCAGGCCCCCCACUCAUUACCAGAACAAAGUGUGCAGAACCCAUGAGGUCACCAAAAAGCCUGAAGAUUGCGGAGAUAUAUGCUAGACAUCUGGCUGUUGAAUUGGAGUCUCUGGGCUACAAUGUCACGCGGUGUCACACAUUCAAUGUCACUGUGUGCUACCAUUACUUUGGUCACAACAAAAGCCAAGCUGACUGCAUGGAAAUGGAUCAAAAAUCACCCCGACAUAUUAUUGAACACCUGCCACCUUAUACAAACAUCAGUAUCAAAAUGAUUCUGACGAAUCCAGAAGGAAGAAAGGAGAGUGAAGAGGUUGUCAUCCAGACAGAUGAAGAUGUACCUGGCCCAAUACCGAGUGAUUCAUUAAAAGGAACACCGUUUGAGGACAAAAUCUUUCUGCAGUGGAAAGAGCCUGUGGAAGCAAAUGGUGUCAUCACACAAUAUGAGAUCAGUUACAGCAGCAUCAAGUCUUUUGACCCAGCUGUUCAAGUGGCUGGACCUGUUCGGACAGUGCCAAAAAUGUGGAACAGUACACACCAUGUUUUCUCACAUUUGAAUCCUGGAACUACCUACCAGUUCUUAAUUAAAGCUAGUACAGUGAAGGGGUUUGGUCCAGCUACUAUUGUCAAUAUCACCACAAAUAUAUCUGCUCCUAUUUUACCUGACUAUGAAGAUGCAAUUCUUAAUGAAACAGCAACCACAAUAACUGUGAUGCUGAGACCUGCACAGGCUAAAGGUGCUCCAAUCAGUGCCUACCAAGUUGUUGUUGAAGAAGUGAAUUCGCACAGAUCAAAGAGGGAGGCCAGCACAGCAGAGUGCUUCCAUAUUCCUGUCAUCUACCAGUCUGCUGCGGCUCGAGGGUCACCAUACUAUUACGCGGCAGAACUUGCUCCAAGUGGAAUUUCUGAACAAACUCCUUUUACAGUUGGUGACAAUAAAACCUACAAUGGGUUUUGGAAUCCUCCUUUGACCCCCAGGAAAGGAUAUCACAUACACUUCCAAGCUGUCAGCAGUGUUGAACAAGAGACAAAGAUACAGUGUGUGAGGAUUGCAACAAAAGCAGCCACAACUGAAGAACCUGAGGUGGUCCCUGAUCCUGUCAAGCAAACUGAUCGGGUAGUGAAAAUUGCUGGAAUCAGUGCUGGAGUUCUGGCUUUCAUCCUCCUCCUCCUCGUUGUGGUAAUGAUCGUCAAGAAAAGGAGGAGCUACUAUUCUUAUUCUUAUUACCUUAAGCUUGCAAAGAAACGUAAGGACGCAGUAGGGAAUGCUCGCCAAGAGAUGACUCAUAUGGUGAAUGCAAUGGACAGGAGCUACGCUGAUCAAAGCACACUUCAUGCUGAUGAGCCGCUGUCGAUCAAUUUUAUGGAUUCUCACAACUUCAGUCCUAGAUAUGAAAACCACACUGUCUCAGCGGAAUCGAGCAGGUUAUUAGAUGUUCCCCGUUAUCACUGUGAACCCACAGAGUCUCCAUACCAAACUGGCCAGCUCCAUCCAGCUAUUCGUGUUGCAGACUUGCUACAGCAUAUUAACUUGAUGAAAACAUCAGAGGGCUAUGGUUUCAAGGAGGAAUAUGAGAGUUUCUUUGAGGGGCAGUCUGCUUCCUGGGACAUUGCCAAGAAGGACCAGAACAGAACUAAAAAUCGCUAUGGAAAUAUUAUAGCUUAUGACCACUCCAGAGUCAUUUUGCAGCCCCUGGAGGAUGAUUCAACAUCAGAUUACAUUAAUGCAAAUUAUAUUGACGGGUAUCACAGACCAAGUCAUUAUAUAGCCACACAAGGACCAGUUCAUGAAACUGUUUAUGAUUUCUGGAGAAUGGUUUGGCAAGAGCAAUCGGUUUGUAUCGUCAUGGUCACAAAUCUGGUGGAAGUUGGAAGAGUAAAGUGCUACAAAUAUUGGCCAGAUGAUUCUGAGGUUUAUGCAGAUUUUAAAGUUACAUUCAUGGAAGAGGAACCGUUGGCAGAAUAUGUAGUUCGAACAUUUACAUUAGAAAGGAGAGGUUUCGAUGAAAUACGUGAGGUUAAACAGUUUCAUUUUACUGGUUGGCCUGACCAUGGUGUUCCUUAUCAUGCAACCGGUUUACUGGCAUUUAUCCGUCGUGUGAAAAUUUCGAAUCCCCCAGGAGCAGGACCAGUAGUUGUACAUUGCAGUGCUGGAGCUGGAAGAACUGGCUGCUAUAUAGUUAUAGAUAUUAUGUUAGACAUGGCAGAACGAGAAGGAGUUGUUGAUAUCUAUAACUGUGUUAAAGCAUUACGAUCAAGGCGCAUCAAUAUGGUUCAGACAGAGGAACAAUAUAUUUUCAUUCACGAUGCCAUUCUAGAGGCUUGUCUCUGUGGGGACACCUCAAUACCAACAUGUGAGGUCAAACCAACGUAUUAUGAAAUGACAAGAGUUGAUUCACAGAGUAACUCCUCACAACUUAAAGAUGAAUUUCAAACUCUGAAUUCUGUUUCUUCUCAACUGCAACCCGAAGACUGUAGCAUAGCUCUUCUUCCCAGGAAUCACGAGAAAAAUCGAUACAUGGAUGCACUGCCACCAGACAGAUGCCUGCCUUUCUUAAUUACCAUAGAUGGUGAAAGCAGCAACUACAUCAAUGCUGCCCUUAUGGAUAGUUACAGACAGCCAGCUGCCUUCAUCGUCACCCAGCAUCCAUUGCCAAACACAGUCAAAGACUUCUGGAGGCUAGUGUAUGACUAUGGCUGCACUUCCAUAGUCAUGCUCAAUGAAUUGGACCUUGUGCAGGGAUGCCCACAGUACUGGCCAGAAGAGGGGACACUUCGAUACGGGCCAAUUCAAGUUGAAUGUAUUUCUUGUUCAAUGGACUGUGAUUUAGUAAGUCGAAUCUUCAGGAUAUGCAAUCUUACCAGGCCACAAGAAGGUUAUCUCAUGGUGCAACAAUUCCAGUACUUAGGAUGGGCUGCUCACAGGGAAAUACCUGCCUCAAAGCGAUCAUUUCUGAAGUUAAUUCUUCAAGUUGAUAAGUGGCAAGAAGAAUGUGAUGAAGGAGAAGGGCGCACUAUUAUUCACUGUCUAAAUGGAGGAGGACGGAGUGGGAUGUUCUGUGCGAUUAAUAUCAUAUGUGAAAUGAUCAAAAGACAAAAUGUAGUUGAUGUUUUCCACGGAGUAAAGACACUUCGGAACAACAAACCAAAUAUGGUGGAAACCCUGGAACAAUAUCGAUUCUGUUAUGAUGUUGCUUUGGAAUUUCUUGAAUCUUCAUAGUGACUACAGUUACAUCUUUGAAAUAUUGUGCAUUUUUUUAAAAAAAGUAAAUUGUCACUGAACCUGUGCAUGAUGAGUAUAUAUUAAAAUGAGGGGACUGGUUUUCACUCUCUUAAAUAUUCUGCUUCUGUUUUAACACAACAUGUAUCCAAACUAUUAACCAGAAAGCAUUCAAUGCCAUCAUAACAAUGUGAUCUGGUACAGAUUUCAUUGUUCAGUAAGAUGUUAAAAAUUUUUCAGUGUUAGUCAACAAACAUUUUGUAUUUUUUAAAAAUACUACCAAUCUGUUGGGUUGCACGUGCAGAUUUGUACACAUUGACGCUACAAUUGGUUUUAAAUUUAGUUUUUUGAAAGGUAGAAAUGUGUGCAGCAAUGUAAAACUGCUAUUGCAUUCUACCACAGUAAAUGUGCAGAUAUUUGGACUGGCUUAUUAAAGUUUAAAGUGUAACUUGCUGGAUCACACCAGAUGAUUUGAAGUGUAACUUUUAUUAUAAGCCAAAGACGAGUGUAAAUAUGUCUAUAUGAAGAAUGCACAUUGUAUUUAUUGUUUGCUUGUAAUUCUGUUGACAGCUGAACAAUCAUUUUUUUUUUCAGAAUUGUUUUUUGGCCAGAGCUUUUACAUUCAAAUGUUUUUAAGUAGUUUACUUUUGUAUGUAAUGGUCAGUGUAGGUCACCGAUUUUUUUUUAAAGUAAGGAUUAGUAAUGUUUACGUACGCAAAUUAGUUAAUUGCACCCAUUGAAUAAUAGAACAUUGAUAUAUUUGGGAAGUAUAUAAAUUGGGACCAAAUACAGUUUUUUAAUGCUACAUGGGACAUUCUAAAGUUUCCUUCAACAAAUGUUAGUAAACUAGUCUAAAUAAAGCUUUGUGAUUUCUUGUAUCUAGUUUAAAUGACAACUUACUACUGCUGAUAGCUGAAGCAGUACUAGCAAUGAUGUAAUUUCAGAGAUGACUAUUUUAUGGUUACAAUGUGUUCUGAGUUUGUCUAAGGGUAAUCUGGCAGGGCAAUCAACAAAAGAAUAGUCUUUCAGUUUUGGAAGAAUGGUAUAGUAAAUUAGUUAUUGUGAUGUAUUUUCUGUGCCAUUUAAAUGUUUAAAAUAAAUCAAGAUGACUUUGGGUCAAGCAAAACAAGUGAUUUAAUAAAGACAU